UCCGCGCAAAAAUAACGCAUACACCUUCGACUCUCCCUCUUUCCCGGAGACUACCUCCUCCAUAAAACCAACUUUUCUAGUUUGGUUUUCUCCACUUCCAUUUUCGCGUCUCCGCCCUUUUUUUCCCAACAACACUGCAAAGCUCCGAUAAAGUAUGGCGUUCCCAGAAAACUCUCACGUCACCAAGCCCCUGAUCCCCGGCUUCCUCUAUUCUUCUCCAUCGUCCUUCCCGGCGUUUUCCAGUCUCAUCAGCUUGGACCAAUCUCCGACUUCCGUUCCGCCGCCGGCGGUGGAGGAGCGGAAAGGUUUCGUGAUCCCGGCGCCCAAGGAGCCCUCUAAGAAGAUCGAGAUGUUCUCGCCGGCGUUUUAUGCCGCCUGCACCUUCGGCGGAACCCUCUGCUGCGGCCUCACGCACACGGCCGUCACCCCUCUUGAUGUUGUCAAGUGUAACAUGCAGAUUUACCCUACAAAGUACAAGAGCGUUUCCUCUGGUUUUGGAGUGGUGCUUAAGGAGCAGGGAGUCAGGGGUUUGUUCAAGGGUUGGGGACCUACCCUGCUUGGUUACAGUGCCCAAGGAGCUUGCAAGUAUGGGUUCUAUGAAUUCUUCAAGAAGUACUAUUCAGACCUUGCUGGAGCCGAGAAUGCUGCAAAGUACAAGACUCUGAUCUACCUCGCCGGUUCUGCAUCUGCCGAGGUUAUUGCUGAUGUUGCUCUCUGUCCCUUUGAGGCGGUUAAGGUUCGAGUCCAAACUCAACCUGGUUUCGCCAGAGGCUUGUCGGACGGGCUUCCAAAAUUCGUCAGGGCUGAGGGUGUUGCUGGGCUUUACAAGGGGAUUGGUCCUCUAUGGGGACGACAAAUUCCAUAUACAAUGAUGAAGUUUGCAUCAUUUGAGAACAUCGUCGAACUCCUGUACAAACAUGUGGUCCCUACUCCAAAAGAACAAUGCAGCAGUACAAUGCAACUGGGAGUGAGCUUUGCGGGUGGUUAUUUGGCUGGCAUUCUCUGUGCUAUUGUGUCACACCCCGCUGACAACCUCGUCUCUUUCCUCAACAAUGCCAAGGGUGCAUCUGUGGGCGAUGCCGUUCAGAAGAUGGGAUUAUGGGGUCUCUGCACUCGCGGUCUUCCUCUGCGUAUACUCAUGAUUGGUACCUUAACAGGAGCUCAAUGGGGCAUCUAUGAUUCCUUCAAAGUUUAUGUUGGACUGCCAACAACUGGCGGUGCCGCUCCUGCUCCGGCUGCUAAAUGAUGUUCAGGAAGUACCCAAACGGAUGAUUUUGGUUUAUCAUAGGAUGUUGCCUUGUUGGUUGAUCAAUUCGUUGCACCGGGGCAACUAAUUAAUGCUGGUGUCAACUGUAUCGUAUCUCAAGUCUUGUAGUUCAUAUUCGGGUUUUGUUAGGAAUUUUUCUGAAUUUAUUUUUUUACCCAAAAGGAUGGUUUUGGUUCAUCAUAUUUUUCAUUUGGUAGCAUAGGUUAGAUGUCUGAUUACUUAUGGAUGAGUGAGAAUAAUGCUGUAAAUGGGAAGUGUUUGCUAUUUUUGUAUCAAAUAUAAAAUACAUAGUACUCA